GAAACCUUCUCUCUCCGGCCCUCCUCCACGUCCUCCACGUAUAGGGCCCUGGGUUCGUUCCUUGGACCGCAAAGCUUGCUUGAUCCCGUCGCCGCCGUAAAAAAUGGCGCGCGGCCGCUUCGCGCAUACAGAAACCUACUAUAUCACUCCUCCAUCGCCAUAGGAGCUUUGUAUUCUCAUUGCCUUAGAGUUUUUUGGUGCCCUGAGCGAAGGUGUGUUCGGUUGCUACGGCGAGGUUUCUUCUUUCUCAUAGCGCCAAGGAGAAGAAAGUGAACGAACGUCGCGAAGGUGUUCGAAACUCUGCUUGAAGAUCUGGUUGUCGCGAAGGUCAAGGGAUUCCCAGCGUGGCCUGCUUGGGUGCAACCUGUUAUUCAUUUACUCGUCUAGGUAGAGCUGAGUCUGUCUCUAAAGAAUUUUCUGGCGUUGCUCAGAAGAUGGAAGGAAAUACUAGCAAUGGAGGAAAACCUGGCGUGUUAGGAAGCAACAAGAAAAAGUCUACUAAAAAGUGCAUACCAAGGGAAGAUCUUGUAGUGGGAAAACUAGCAACUUCUGAGGGGAACCCAGUUUUGGAGCCUUCUAUAGACCGUAAAGGUGACUACUUCCAGUCUGGAGCUAUUAAACGUAAGAUGAGUGAUGAUGGAGUUUUACCCUCGGCUAAAAGCUCACUAUUUAAGAAUGAGAGAGUUAACAUCUCCAAAAGCUCCGGUAAAAGUGAAUCAUCGCAUUUAACUGGAGGAAAAAAGAACAACAAGAAUUUAAACUUUGUGAGGCCUGAAUCUGUACGAGCUGAUAAUUGCAUCCCAUCCACAACACCACCAUGUGAUAACAUGAACCAGUCAGGAGUAAUAAAAUUGUUCAAUGGAUCAGGUGAUGUUUCAAAAUCUUCAUCCACUGGCAGUGAAGACUCAACGAAGAACAGGAUUGUGACUAUUGGAAUGAAUUUUAAACACAAUAGUACCUCUUUAAUUCCUUUGCCUCCUAGAAGGAGAGCUUUGAGGUUCCUGGAAGAUGAUGAUGGUGAAGAACGUAGAACUCCAGUUCACCGUGUUACUACUGUCACUUUGAGAGAAUGUUCAGGUUCUGGAAGAAAAUCUGAUAUGCAGCCGGAAUCUUGUUGGAACUUUCCUCAGAAUGGUUCACUUUCAAAUAUGGAUAAAAAUUUUAUUGGAAAUGUGAGCUCUGGAGUUAAUAAAUCUUCCAACAAUGUCACAGGUAGCAUGGAGUCGAUGGAGAGUUGCUAUUCAGCUUCUAGGCUUCGUAAUGAUGAAGCGAAUGUGCUGAAACGUUCUGCAGACUUGCUUGCCAGCUCAAAUUCUGUUAAGAGAAAAAAGUGUAAAUCUGCUUCUUCAAAUGGUAGAGCAGCCAAUAACGAACUGAAAACUUUAGUUAGCUCUGGCUAUACUGACAAUUUGGGGAGUCUCGAAGCUCUCGAGCAACAUGGUAGAAAGAAAUACAGUGCUUUACCCAAAUCCAACAUUUCAGUACUUGUUCCUGAAAACAGGUCCCAUCUUAAUUUUACGGCUGAGAAAGAUCUUUUAGCAGGACAAAGGUCUUAUAUUACGAGGGAGGCUACUGCUGAUUCUGCUGAUAGCAAAUUGACAAAUUCUACUAUGUCAAUGAAACAUCUUAUUGCAGCUGCUCAAGCAAAGAAAAGACUAGCACAUUCUCAUCAAAGAAAAGGAAACUUGCUACGUACUGAUUGUUCAAAUGGUAGUAGUGAAGUUGAGGUUGCUAGAGAGGCUUUCGAAGGAAUGAUAGAAACAUUAUCACGAACUCGAGAUAGUAUCAGACGUGCAACUCGUCAUGCUAUAGACUGUGCUAAAUAUGGUAUUGCAAAUGAGGUUGUUGAACUUCUUAUACACAAAUUGGAAGAUGAACCAAGCCUUUCUCAUAGGAUUGACCUGUUCUUCCUUGUGGACUCUAUCACUCAAUGCUCGCAAAAGUUGAAAGAGGCAUCGUAUGCACCUCUUGUCCAAGCAGCUUUACCACGCAUUUUGGGUGCUGCUGCUCCUUCUGGUUCUUCUGCCCAGGAGAAUAGACGCCAGUGUCUGAAGGUUUUGACGUUGUGGCAAGAGAGGAGAAUUUUGCCAGAAUAUAUCCUUCGUCACUACAUAGAAGAAAUUGAGUUUCUUAGUGAUGGCUUGAAAUCUGAGUUUUCCAGUAGAAUUCCAACUUGUGCUGAACAAUGUGUGGACGAUCCCAUUAGAGAAGUGGAAAGCUUGCACGUAGAUCAGUAUGGAAGCAAUACAACAUUCUUGUUUCCUGGAAUUCUUUCUACGCAUGUUUUGGAAGAUGAUGAAGAUUUUCCGAGCAGUCUAUGCAAUCAUACCGCAGGACUUUCUCCACAUAAAUUAGGUAUUUUUGAAGCCGUUCCUGGUUCUGAAGGUCGUCCAAUGGAAGCACGUCACCAUACAUUGGAGCAUGUAGAGAAUGAGAUAGAGAUGGAAGAUGAACUUACAUUAUCUUUUGAAGAGAGAUCUAUAGGAGAAGUUUCUACCUACAAUUAUACACUUCAUAAGGAACAUUGCUCAGCCCUUGAAUCUAUAUUUGGUAAUAAUAAUGGGCUCCUACUUUUACCGGCAGAAUCUCCUCCACUUCUUCCUUUAGAUCCUCCACCUUCUCCACCGCCAUUACCUUCUUCACCGCCUCCCCCUACACCUCCACCU